GUCUAAUCCCUGCAUGCAGCAUGGGCAGCAUCCAAGGCACAGGUCAAAAGCAAAGGUAUAUAGAGUGGUUCUCAAUCUCCAAGAUUUGUACCCCGUCAGAAUCAACAUAAAACAGUUUGUCUAUACUCGAAAUUACAUGACGGAUUACACUUCCACGCCCACCGAUACAACCACAAUGGCCAGUCGGGCGAGCACUCCAUCUUCCAUCACUUCUUCCUACUUGCCGAUCAAUCAAAUCAAAAGCCCGGAGCACAUUCACCCCUUUGCCUCCUUGUACUAUCGACAGCACACCUUGAUCCCUAACCGCAUCACUGUCAAUGAGAUUCAGCUUUCCGACGAGCUCUGGAGCAGACAUGCAUUUAGCAUGGGGAUGCCUUUCAACGACAUCUACCGACCCCACGCAGAUGCCCGGAAAUUCGCCCAGAAGAUGCAAAAGAAACUCAAGAUGAGCAACAAGCAAUUGGCCGACUCGUUGCUCCCUCUGAUCCAAACCACGAUCAAGUCGUCGAAGAAGUUACGGGUCGAGACUGAUGCUACCUUCCAUCCUGACGCUGUGCCAAAGGGAAACCCCGCCGGGCGCAUGUCAAACAGUCAAACAGUCCCAUGGAGCAUGCCGCUGCCCAUCCCCAAGCCAAACAUCACGGUUGGUUUCAGCUCCAAGAACUUCAGCUCGCACGAACUCGAGUUGCAGGACGGUAUCAUCUCGGACGCGCAGGGUGAACCGUGCAACCUAGGAAAGAUCUCUCAACCCAUCCGCGGACGCAACACGCUGCUCUGGCCAUUUUUCAACGUCGAGAUACAACAUGAAUCACUGAACGCCGCACAGAACGCCGCCGCGGGCUCAGGGUCAACCUGCAACAACGCGCUCGCGCUUCUCGCAGAAGCCGCAGAUGAGCCCCUCGUUCAAAGCGGGGGGAGAAAUCUGUUUUGGCAAUCGAGAAGAGCGGUAACCUCGUUCUCCCUCUCAAUCCACAACAGCUCGACCUCAGAGGGCAGAAUGGCGACGCUGAACCUCCACAGCUCCGAAGGCGGACUGUCCCAUGCAGUAGCCCCGAUCCGAACUUACGAUCUCUGCAAUGAGCGGGACGUGGAGUACCUGCUGUCGCGGCUAGGCAGCAUCUUUGUGUGGGCGGAGAAUUGUCACCUCCAGCAGAUCUCCACUCUCCUGGAAAACCUCGAUGCCCUGGUCCAGCUCGAACAAGGGAAGGAGCAUCUGUCGGACAGCUUCCCACACGAGACAAUGGAUAUAGUCACGAGUUCUCCAGGUAAUCUGAGCCCUCCGAGGAGGAAGCUGGGGUCGAUUAGAAACGUCCUGGCAGAGAUCAGUCCGAAGUGGAUAAGGGCACAGGGAUAGGUUUCGGCGACGGAGUUUACAGGUUGAUAUGGCAUGUACAAGUAUGCGAAGCUCACAAAAAGUUAAUAUAUGAUGAGCAACGACGAUAAUGAUGAUCAUUUGAAAA